AUGGACAAUCAAACAUUAACAGAAAUUGAGAAAAACAUGACAUCUACUGAGGACUCACACGUGGGACUUGUUGAAGAGUUCCCAGACAGCAGCCAUACUGACUCUGAAACAGGAACGAUCACUCCUCCGGGGGAGUGGACGCCACAUCCCGUGCCUCGAACGGACCAGGCGGUCACGGACCACUUGGGGCAGCUUUUCGACCACUGCAUCCAGCAAGUGUCCCAUCUGGAGACGCAGAGGAACGAGCUGAUACAGGAGCUCCUCUGUCUGCACAAACCCAUUAUGCGAGUUGUGGGGCACCUGAGAGAGAGGCUGGUGGAAACAAAGAGGCUGCUCACGCUGGCUCAACUGGACUAUGUCGCUGUUUAUGAGGAUGUGAAGGAGGUGAAGUGUGAACUGUUUGCCACAGCCAGAGACUGCAUCCAGAGCCAGGUGACGCUGGCUCAACACGAGUAUGAGGUGGCACAGUCUGCUGUUACCCAGGAGGAGCUCAAGGCACACAUCCAAAGUCUGACCCAGGAGUUGACCCAGCUCCAGGAGGCCCAACAGAACCAGCAAAACUCCCUGAGGGACCAGGCCUCUGAGCCCCGCAGGCCCAGGGCCAUGAGUGACGUCAGCCAAUGCCGGCAGGCUUCUGUCAGACUGCAGCGGCGGCUCAGCGGCAGCGUGACGGCCCUGGAGUGCUGGUACGAGCCUCGGCUCGUGGCCCUGCUAAAGAGAAGGCAGGUUGGGGAGGAGUUCUUGAGGAAGAGCAGGGAGCAGGCCAUGGACUUGAGGGCCAGCCUGGGGCCCCUGAGAGAGGCCAUGCAGAGACUGGAGGUGCAGAGAACCUGUCUGGAGCAGAGGGUCACUCUGAUGGAGAGGGAGAGGGAGGAGAGCGUCACACAACACAAGGAGACUGUGGAGAAACUAAAAGAGACUCUAAGAGAACUAGAUGUGGAGUUUGAGGUUCAAAGAAAAUCAAAGAACAUUUUGGAGGAUCACAAUGACAACAUUUUAAAAGAGCUGACAUUUCUGAGAGGCAGUGAUGAACCCAGUUAA